AUUUUGUUUGUUAGUGAUUGAUGCGCGAUUUAGAAGAAGGCACUUUUAAACUGCAACCGAGAAUCGUCAGUGAACGGUACCUCAUGAUUCUGUCUUCCUCUAACUUAAGGCAAUCAAAAACUACAUUCAGCAUCGAUGAUUCUGACGAAAGGCAUCGGUAUAGAACGGUGGUAGUGGUAACACGUUUAUUUGCGGCAUAUUUUUGAGGUUAGUUGAAGGCUGGUCGCACAGUGAUUUGAUAACCAUAUCGCUAACUGAAGUCUUUUUAUGAAGUGUCAUAACGCAUAACGUUCUUCUUACUUUGACAAAAGUGGACGAAACUUAACAAAGGAAUAACGGAUUUAAAUGACAAAUAAUUAUGGCAACGUCUGGUUCUAAUAAAAAGCCAAGAGUAAUAAUUUUAGGAGGAUGCGGUUUCAUAGGACGUAAUCUCGUGGAAUAUCUACUGGAUAACGAUCUUGUGUCCUUUAUACGUGUCGUGGAUAAAGUGCCGCCGCAAACUGCUUGGCUGAAUACUAAACAUCAGCAAUUAUUCGAACAUCCUUUGCUCGAAUUUAAGAGCGCAAAUUUAAUCAACACUGUAUCUUGUCAAAAUGCAUUUUUAUCUGACAAUCCGAUUAAUUUUGUAAUCAAUUGUGCUGGAGAAACAAAGAGCAGUCAAACAGAUCCUGUAUAUAAAGAAGGAAUUUAUAAGUUGAGUAUAAAUUGUGCUCAACAAGCUGCAAAAUUACAAGUUGAUCGUUAUGUAGAAAUAUCUUCUGGUAAUUUUAGUACCUCUGACAAAAAUUCUCUCAAAGAAGAAGAUGCUGGAGAACCAUGGACAUUUGUUGCAAAGUAUAAGUUACAAGUAGAGAAUGAUUUAAAAAUCAUACCAAAUUUAAACUUUACAAUCCUUAGACCAGCCAUAGUAUAUGGCUGUGGUGAUAGAAAUGGAUUAGCACCACGUUUAGUGGUAGGAGCUGUUUAUAAACAUUUGGGAGAAAUGAUGAAGUUACUUUGGGGACCAGAUCUUCACAUGAACACAGUUCAUGUGAGGGAUGUAGCCAGGGCUAUUUGGCAUGUAGUAAAUAGGCCAGAAACUGUAGGUCAAACAUAUAACGUUGUUGACGAAGGUGAUUCAACUCAAGGAUCAAUCAGUGCUAUAGUUUCAGAAUUAUUUAAUAUCAAUCAUGAUUAUUGGGGUACUGCACUAUCUACACUAGCCAAAACAGAUAUGAGUUCUGUUGUUGAAGAAGUCAAUGACAAACAUAUGGGACCUUGGGCAGAAGCUUGCAAUAAAGAUGGAGUGGAAAAUAGUCCUCUGUCUCCAUACAUAGAUCAAGAACUUCUUUACAAUAAGCAUUUGUAUCUACAGACAGGAAAAUUAUCGAGUAUUGGGUUUACAUAUCUUUAUCCAAAACUCACAAAAGAUGCUUUGAAAGAGGUUCUUGAUGAUUAUGUAAACAUGAAGAUAUUUCCACAUUCCUUGGUUCUAUGAAUUUUAGCAAUAUAGACUGCCGAGAUCAAAUAUUGAAAAAGCUUACAAUAAUUUGUAUGAAAUAACAUUUGGAGCGUUUCACCUUGUGCCUAGUAAUCUAUGCAAGUUACAUACUCUAUUGUAUGUUACACACCUUACUCGUAUUUUACCUUCUAACAAUUAUUGUUAGUCGAGUUUAUAAAAAAGUACAGAUGGAAUAUGAAGAUUUCAUGUAUAAGCCUAUUGCAAAUGUGAUAAAGUAGGAAUUAAUGUACUUAAUUUUACUAUAGUUUGAGGUAUAAAAUUUUUGCACCUUAGGGUUGCUAGUCAGUUUCGACAUUAUAGGAAUAACUAAGUUGAAAAAUAUUGAAGAAUAAAACUAGACUAUUUACAUGCCUAAACACGAUAUAUUAUAACAUGUAAUGUUAUUUGGAUAAAUAUUUUAGAGAAUUAUGUACAUCGCCAAAAUGCUUUUUAUACUGAAUUUUUCAAGACUGGGAGUAUAAAUAAAAACUGUUAAACAAUUAACAA